CACCAAAUUACGCGCACAACACAACACAAGAAGCCGGCACGUGGUUGCAGAGACACCAUUUCACGUCCAGCCGUGUGAACGGUGCAGAGAGACAGAGGGGUCGACGACGAUACAGAGGCAGAGAGAGGGGUGCAGCCCUUGAAGUGAGAUACAGGCAAGGCCAGAGAAGAAGAAGAAGAAGAAGAAGACAACCGCAAGUGCUUGUGUACAGUUGUCGAAGAAAAAAAAUGGCGACGACGAGAAACGAGGCAGGCGUGUUGGAGGAGGUGGAAGGCAUGUUCGAUGAUGCGGAGGGAGACGACAGCCUGCCCAUGGAGCUGGAGAGCAAGAUGACAAUGGCAACUGCGAGGGGUGAAGUGGCUGGAGAUGGUGGUGAAGAGGGAACACAAAGUGCACCCGCUUCCGAUGACGCCGUCACAGCGGAGGCGAUUGAGGAGAGCAUCGACUUUGCGGAUAAGAGCCACCGCCGGCUGCGCGGCGCAGAUGAUGCUGGCUUGUACAACGAAUCCGAUGACGACGACAUUGAUGACGUGCACGGCGAUCUCGAGGACGCCGCCAGCAGAGGAAAUCUGACCAAGAUGUACCAGUCUUGGGGCCAGAACCCAAACUCGCAGCGUCGCCGGGGACAGCAAGGGGCAUCCGGCAAGGCUGGCCGCGUGAGUGUCGAGGCGUACACGGGCGCACGCCUGAAGGAUUCUGCUGCCAAUCGUGUGCUGAAGGCAAGCAAGAAAAUCAACCUGAACCGUCUGCGGAACACAGACAGGGCGGAUCGCGCCACCACCGAGCAGGUGAUGGACCGGCGCACACGCAAGAUGCUCAUGUCCCUGAUCAACCGCGAAGUGCUUGAUAACGUGCACGGCUGCAUCAGCACCGGCAAGGAAGCGAAUGUCUACUACGCCACAUCGGAAGGCGGCGAUGAGUACGCUGUUAAGAUUUACAAAACAUCAAUCCUUGUCUUCAAGGACCGCGACCAGUAUGUGACGGGCGAGUUUCGUUUCCGUCACGGGUACAGCAAACACAACCCGCGCAAGAUGGUCAAGGUGUGGGCGGAGAAGGAGUUUCGAAACCUUGCUCGCCUCAAUGCGGGCGGCGUGCCCAGCCCAAAGCCCAUUGAGCUCAAGUCCCACCUCAUCGUCAUGCAGUUUUUCGGCUCUGAAGGGUGGCCGUCACCGCGCCUGAAGGAUGCGGAUGUGUCUGCAGCAAAGGCGAGCGAGCUGUACUUUGAGUGCGCGAUGCUAAUGCGUCGCAUGUACAUGACGUGCGGCCUCGUCCACGGCGAUCUGAGCGAAUACAACAUCCUGUAUCACGAUGGUGGGCUCAUCUUCAUUGAUGUGUCACAGUCUGUUGAGCACAACCAUCCCCACUCAAAGGAAUUUCUUCGCCGCGAUAUCAAGAACAUCAACGAUUUCUUCAGCAGCAAGUUCAAGGUGGACACGAUGACAAACAGGGACCUGUUUGAAUUCAUCACAGACCCGCUCAUCACAGACGAGAACGUCGACGAGUGCUUGCAGGCAAUCCGUUUCGCGCUCCAAGAACGGCUCACCCUCGAACAAGACCCAGAAGCAGCCGCCCAAUUGGAGAUUGAGGACUCUGUGUUCCAGCAGGUGUUCAUCCCUGGCUCCCUCGACGAGAUGCAAGCGCGCCACAUCCGCAGCGCCAUCGCAGGCCAAACAGACUUGUUGCACUUCCAGGUGCUGACGGGCAUGCGCGAUGACUUGACCGGCGCGCGCACCGUUCCCGCUGUUCUGGAGCGAUUGUAUGCGCGACACAAGCCCGGCACCACCGCCACACAGGCUGAUGGUGAUGAUGGUGAUGAUGGUGAUGAUGAGACACGUGCGCGGUAUGAGGGCGGCGCCCAUCAUGACACGAAAUACGAUGAAGACCACCACCAUGAUGAUGAUGAUGAUGACGACGACUAUGAUGAUGAUGAUGAGGGUCAGGCUGUGGGUGGCGGUGAGGUUGACACUGCACAAAUGUUGAUGCUGGACCCAGCGCUCCAGUCGCUUCUGCCGCAGCUGCCGACGGUCGCUGCCAAUGCGCCGCUACGGACGAAGGACACGACAGGUGGCAGUGAUGGUGAUGACGUGCGGGCGACAAGUGGCAAGGGGAAUGAGGGUGAUGGCGAUGAUGACGAUGAUGAGGAUGAUGGCGACAGCGAUGGCUCGUAUGACGAUGACGACGAUGAUGACGACGAUGAUGACGACGAGUGGGCGUUGCCUGGUCAGCUGCCCGACUUGAGUGGGAUGACAAAGGCGGAGAGGAAGAAGGCUGUGAAGGAGUUUAACCGGGAGCGUCGUGCCAGCAAGACCCCGAAGCACAUCAAGAAGAGGAAGAAGAAGCUUGCCAAGCGCCGCAAGGGCAAGAAGUGAUGCAUGGCAGCUCGUGCUCUUGUGGUUCCUGGCUUCGUUGUCGAUGCACGCUUUCGUACAUGUCCAUGUUUAUGGUGUGCUGUUACUGUGAGUCUGUGAUGCGAGUGGUGUGCUCUGCUGUUUUGCGUCCCGUGUUUGUCUUGCGGCUUCUGCCUUGCAAUAUGGGCGUCAGCAUAAAACAUCAAACAGUGA